CGUGCCUUGGCAUCGAAUCGUUGCGUGAAUAAUAACCUGCUACCGGGCGUCUGGACCACAAUACCGCCAAACAUGCUAUCGUGACAGUCCCGUAGAAGUGGGCAAGCUGCAUGCUACGUUAUCCCCCGCAUUCUCUCCACGCGGAACCCCAGAUUCUGUUUCGAGAGAACCAGGCCAUCCCCGUUGGUGGUGGAAAUCCAGGCCCGUAGUUCUCGUUCUUGACCUAUCACCAGCCUGCUUGAAUCAUACUCGGUUUAGGAAUGAACAGAAGUGGGCUUCUGACGUUAAGAAGACCAUGCUCGAGUGACGGAUAUAAGGAGCGAUGGGGAUCCAACACUCGCGGUUAUAAUCUCAACCGAUCUCGACGACACUGGUUGAAAGGAUUGAUCUUUUUGGGUUUGAGAUUCAGCAAUCAUGGGCGCCAAACUCCACCAGUUCAACUGGUAUAAUUUCGUUGUCUGUGUUUUAGUCUCCUUGGGCCAAAUUGCGUUCGGAUACCCAGCAUCUGUCAUUGGCGUCACACUCGGAGAACCGUCGUUCUUGAUCUAUAUGGGACUGCUGGACCCGAAGACGGAGGCCUUGACGCCUAAUGCAAACCAGCUCAUCGGGGCAACUUCUGGGGUGUUUCAGGCUGGGGCCGUUCUCGGUGUGCUAGCAUGUAGUGUUGUAAUGGAGAAAUGGGGCCGCAAAGCUGGCAUCAUAUAUUGCGCGGUCUUUUCGCUCUUUGGCGGAGGCCUCUUAGUUGGAUCGAAAAACAUAGCCAUGUUCAUCGUCGCUAGAUUCUUCGCCGGAGUUGGUAGUUGGGGAUUCCUGGCAGUCACACCAACUUACACCACUGAGCUUGCACCUCCUGCGCUCCGUGGCUUCUUCGUCGGUAUGAAUGGCGUGAACAUCGCUCUCGGUUAUGCCCUUGCUUCGUACAUGGGGAUGGCGUUUUAUUUCGCAAAGGACCCGGCUCUUCAAUGGCCGGGUCCCUUGGGACUCGCCUUAGUCUGGCCACUAAUGAUGCUGGUCGUCAUGUUCUUCAUCCCCGAAUCCCCGAGGUGGCUGUUGUUGAAGGGAAAGGUCGAGAAGGCCCAAGAGAUUGCGUACAGGCUGCACAAGAUCAAGAACGAUCCCGACCAAGAAUUUGCCCGAGGGGAAUUUUAUCAAAUGCAGAAACAGGCUGAGCUUGAUCGGACGUUGGAGCCUGGAUGGAAGGCGAUGUUUUCGAAGCCCAGUUACCGGAAACGUACUGCAUUGGCGACGGGGUUCGCAUUCAUAGGACAAAGUACAGCCGUUCUGGUCAUCAACAAUUACGGUCCAACGCUAUACAAAGCUCUCGGCUACGGCACGAAAGAUCAGCUCGCUCUCCAGUGUGGAUGGAUCACUGUCGGGAUCAUAUUCAACUUUGUCGGAGCAUCUCUGAUGGACCGGAUAGGACGUCGUCCGUUGAUGAUAUUCGGUGUUGCAGCCUGCUGCGUAACCUUGAUCAUAGAAGCUGCAAUGGUAGCCAAUUUCGCCGCAGCGGGAACUAACAAAGCCGGCCUGGGCGUAUGCGUCGCGGCCUUCUAUUGCUUUCUCGCCGUGUAUAGCGUGGGCAUUGACGUCGCUGGAGUCGUCUUCUACGGAGAGUUGUUCCCUAAUCAUAUUCGAGCGAAGGGCGUCUGUCUUUCAGUCGCCACCAUUGCACUUACGGAUCUCGUAUACCUUCAAGCUACCGCUACAGCGUUUGCCAACAUUGGAUGGAAAUUUUACUUGGUUUUCAUCAUUAUCAGUGGUCUCGGAGCCAUCCUCAUGUUCUUCGUCUUGCCAGAAACGAAAGGAAUCUCUAUUGAAGAGAUGGCGAAAAUCUUCGGCGACACAGAAGACAUCAUGGUGUAUGCGGAAGACAUUCACGUUGACCACAACACCCACGAACUCAUCGUAGCGGCUCAUGGAGACAAAUCCGGCGAAGAGCUUACACAUGUGGCAACACAUCAAGGGUUGACUCCAGAUAUGGAAAAGGAAGUCUCUGCGACGAGGAUCGAGCAUGCGUGA